ACACAUGAGCACACAGUGCAAUGUAGUAGCUGUAGGCUACAGAGACCUAUAUCACGUAAAGAAAAGAAACCCUUUGGCUUUACGUGUUGUAGUUGUAGCUACUCUAGAGUGGAAGGAGACGAGUCGAGUGGAAUCGCCAUCCAUUGCAGCACUUGGUUGGACACUCUCACAGGUGAGACGACUCCUCCAUGACUUUACUCCAUCAUCUCCAUGACAAGCUAAGGGAGCACCAUCAUCAUCUCUGUCUCGUCGCAUCCUGCUGCUGCCUGCUGCCUGCUUCCCACCACUUGCAACAAGCCUUCCUUCCACAGCCGACCAAUGGCGGCCACCGGUUGCUACGGCGCAAGGCGGCUAGCGGACCUGCUCCGGGAGCAGCAGGAGCCCUUGGUCGACGCGCCGAAGAGUCGCUCGCCCAUCGACGCCUGCGGCCGCCGCCUGCGCGAGCUGUGCGCCCUCACGAAGCGCCGAAAACUCAGCGUCACCGACAGCGCCGGCGGUGUCACUGCCGCUGCGCUAGGGAGAAGCCUGCUGUGCGCGUGCGGUGGCAACAACACCGCGAGGAAGGCUCUGCUGUGGGGAGACCUCACCGGCUGUUUCUUUCCGUGCGGCGUGGGCCAGAGGUUCCGCCGCCUGCCGCGCGCCGGAGACUUCGGCGGCCGCUGCGACGUCGCCAGCGAGCUCGGCGGCGAUGCCAUGGACGGCGGGAGGAAGCUCAGCCCGGUGUCCGUGCUGGAGCUGCAAUCCGACGAGGAAUCGCCGGUGCCUAGCCAUUGGGAUGAGGACGACGACGGCAAGCCGUCGACAUCAGCGAGGUCGCCGCCAUCCGACCACGACCAGCUUCCCGGCGCCCGGCGCCCCAUGUUCCACCUUCUUCGCCACCAGCGGCAAGCUUCGCGCAAUGGAGGCGGAAGUGGAGGGCAACAGCAAGAGGUUGCGGAGGAAAGCGGCGAGUCCUCCUCGGAGGAGAUGGAGCGAGCCACCGUCUCCGGCUGGGAGAGGAUGGCGGCGGACAUCUCCCGGAUCCCGAGCCUGGUGGCGCUCGACGUGUCCGAGUCAGCACGGGAAUGGUGGAGGCGGGUCGCCGGCGACGAGGAGGCCCGCCGGGUGGGGCAGAGCAUCGAGGCCAUGAUCUUCGAGGAGGUCAGGUGGGAGGCUGUGCGUGACAUGAUCUGCCUGCGUGAAUUCUGACGAGCUCGUGCCAUGAUUUUCUGCUGUAAAUUGGAAAAUUGGGCACAACUUCUUGUUGUCCCGUAAUAGCUUCUCUCUCUUCUGACGAUUUUUACCACACCAUUGAUUCCCUACCAUUUCGAAGUUUACAGUUAGCCGUC